CGCGUUUCUGUGUAGUGAGUGAUUUGCGUUGUUUCACGUGCGAAGCUUUGCUGUCUUUUUUGUUUUUGGUUUUCUCGAUUUCCCUCUUCGCUGUGCAGUGGGGGAGCCUGUGUGGCUAAGAGCAACAUUGUGGACGCGAUCACGCGAUCGUGAGCAAGAGAAAAGGGAGAGAUAGAGAUCUCCAACAGGGGGUUUUAUCGUGCUAGUGGUGGUGGAGCUUUCGUCAAAGGGGGUGUCAGGGAAGCCAGACCCCACCAGGUUCGGGGUGCGAAAAAACGAGAUGUCGAUAUGGCCUCUGCCGCUCCGACAGGUUGUGGGGAGUUCGUUCGGUAGGCGCGCAGAAGGCUACGGCUAGUGUUAGCUCGAGUGUCGAUGAGAUUGGAUCUGUAAACCGCCGUCUGGGGCCGUUUGCUUCGUGGUUUUCGGGAACGACGAGCGGUUUUAGCAAGUGUUUUUUUUUCGGCCGGUGAAUGUUUGGCACGCGAAAAACAACCAUCGAAAGUGCAUCCCAGUGUUCCCAAGAUUACAAGUUUGUCAAGUGGGUGUGCGUGAGUGUGUGUGUGUUUCUAAUACAUAAUUAAAGAAAUCGAAAGGUGUUAGAGUGUGUGCUUUGCGGAGGAAGAACAACACCGUGGGAUUUCUCUAGACACGGAGUGAAGCUUUAGGCUUGCAACGAAAUACUCGAGUGUCACAUCGUUGGAGCAACGCUCCUGGGGGUUGCCGGCAGCUCGUUUUGUCAGUUGACACGGACAGACAGCCGGACGACAAAACGGACAUCCAGACCAAAAGAAGGGAAGAAGGAAAAAAAAAGCAAACAAACACAUCAGCUCGACCAAAAAAAAAAAGCAACAACCUCACCCGAUCAUGAUGGAUAUCAAACUGGAACAGCUGAAGACAGAGCUGCGAAUAUGCACCGCCUGCGGGGAACCGAUCGCCGAUAAGUACCUUUUCGAUAUCGAUGGCUGUGCCUGGCACGGAUCCUGCCUGCGCUGUUCCGUCUGUCUGACGCUGCUCGAACGGCAACCGUCGUGCUACUUUCGCGACCGACAAGUCUACUGCCGGACGGAUUACAUCAAAAUGUUUGGCGCCAAAUGCUCCAAGUGCUGCCGCACGAUUGCCGCCUCCGACUGGGUGCGGAAGGCGCGCGAUCUCGUGUUCCAUCUGGCCUGCUUUUCGUGCGACACUUGCGGCCGGCAGCUAUCGACCGGCGAACAGUUCGCCCUGAUCGACGAUAAGGUGAUGUGCAAGAUCCACUACAUGGACACGGUGGAAGAUGGAUCGAACUCGAGCGAUGAUGGGUGCAGCAGCGACGGCUACAACAAGAACAAAUCGAAGCGCGUCCGGACGACCUUUACCGAGGAGCAGCUGCAGGUGCUGCAGGCCAACUUCCAGAUCGACAGCAACCCGGACGGGCAGGACCUCGAGCGGAUAGCGCAGCUGACCGGGCUGAGCAAGCGGGUGACGCAGGUUUGGUUCCAGAAUUCGCGUGCCCGCCAAAAGAAGCACACCCACGUUCCACGCGAUCACAACCCCAAUCUGUUCAGCGCACUGCGACAGGACUUGAACAACAACAGCAGCGGACAGACGAGCCUGGGCGAUCACGAUCACGGUCCAGGGAUGGGCAAACAUCCCGGUGCCAUGUUCAACUCACACGUGAACCUCAUCAAUCUGAUGGUGUAACAUAUGGGUAUGCAAUCACUGUUGCACUCGCCACACGGAGGAAGUUGCCAAUUGGAUGAUUGCUGAGCCAGCGACCCACUUGUGUAGAACAUACAGGAAACAAAAAAAUACCAAAGAAACUAUUUAAGCAGGAAGUUUUAGCACAAAUUGCACCCACAUCUGUGUUGCGUUCGUUUCGUAAGGACGGACGCAGGCCUCAUAAUGGGAGAGCUGAGGUGAUCACAAAACAAAAACGUGACAGUUUUGUGAAAAGUAAAUGCAUAACUCUAGUGAAAUUCCAACCGUGUAUAUAAGUUAUUGAUGUAAAUGUUUUUGAAAAGUUAAAAGAAAACCAAUACCAAUAAAACAAUCCAAUACAGCUAA